GAAUGUUGUUCAUUUCAAUCGUAAACAAUGUCGGUGGCUGUGAUAGAUAAAGUUGUGCUUAUCACUGGUGCUGCUAGUGGCAUUGGGCUAUCUAUGGCAGAAGCCUUUCUGUCAAAGGGUGCCAAAUUAGUCUUCAUUCUAGACAUUAACGAAGUUCAAGGCAAGGAAGCGGAAAAGAAAUUGAAAGACCAAUAUGGGAAUGAUAAAGUUGUUUUUAUAAAAUGCAAUGUUGGAACAGAUCUCGAAAAAGUUUACGAUGAAGUUACAAAAAUUAGUGAGACUAUUGAUGUUGUAAUUAAUAACGCUGGUGUUCAGAACGAGAAGAAUAUCAAUAAAACUAUAGAUAUAAACGUAGUUGCUCUUAUGGAAUGGACUAUGAAGUUUUACGAGCGCUUUAGAAAGGACAGAGGAGGUCCUGGGGGUACUAUUAUAAACGUUUCGUCAAUAUUUGCUUAUAGAAUAGAACCGUUCAUCCCAUACUACCACGCGUCCAAAUUCGCUGUAAUGGGCUUUUCCAGAUCUUUGGGUCAUCAGUACAAUUACAAAAAAUCUGGUGUCAGGGUUAUAACGCUGUGCCCUGGACUAACAGUAACGCCUAUGGCAACUAAUCCAAAUGUCCUGGAUGACGAAGGAAUAGAUGAUUUGCGUAAAUCGUUAAGUGAAUAUGAAUGGCAAGAAGUUGAUGCAAUGGGCCGCGGAACAGUAGAGGUAUACCAAAAUGCUGAAAGUGGCUCCGCAUGGGUGGUUGAAGGUGAUAAACCUGCAAAAAUAGUACAUGCAUAGAAUUUGAAACGGUGCUUUUAUUGGUGUAAAAUUGGAAAUCUUUUUAAAAUCUCUGUCAAAGUCUUGACAAAUUUAAAUUAAAUAUUUGGUCGAUAUGAUUUAAAAAGUGAUCCAGUGACCAUAAAAUGUAGCUUCGUGAUUAUAGUGUAGUUUAAAAGUAAUUCAUAAAAACUUAUAAUAUCAAUACCUUUAUAUUAACUAAUAAUUAUUCAAAGUAUAUUAUGUAGUUACUAUAUUAUCUUAUAUCUACUGAUUUAAAUUAUAUUAUCUGAUUUUAAUGUUAUGCAAUCUGAUUAAAAAUAUAUAUAUAUAUAUCAUGUUUUAGUAUCUACUUGACCUUGGCUGCAGAGUUCUAUGAUUUAUAUUAGUUUCAAGAUAGACAUUACAAUAAAAACAUAACCAUGC